CCGCACUGCAGACGCUGCGCCGAUCCGUCUGUGGAUCUCCCGCUCCGUUUUCCCUCAUUCAUGAACCCAGAGAUUCCUCUCGGGGCAGGAUGUCCCCCCGACCCGGAGAAGGCCCUCUACCCUUUGGAGGCCCUGAUCCUCAUCCCGACUGCGAACCGCUCCGGUAUCGCUGUAGAUCACGACCCGAUGAGGUCAGUAGGACGACAUCAUCCGCAAAAAGAGACCCUGAGGUCACCAGAACGGAUCGGCUGGUCCGCAGACUGUUCAACGCUACGAACAGAAUCUGUGACAAUGGGCAACCAUGGCAGAGUGCAACUCUGAGCAACCGGUCCAACUCUGAGCAACCGGUCCAACUCAGAGCAACCGGUCCAACUCAGAGCAACCGGUCCAACUCAGAGCAACCGGUCCAACUCUGCCUGGAAACGAGCCCGACUUACUGCCGGAUGGAUGUGACGGCUCUCCACAGUGUCUCUGGCAGCACCGAGGGCGGAGCUUCCAAGCAUCCCAACCAAUCAGAAUGCGUCUCAGAGCAGCCAGUGGCCAAUGGGAGGCUUCCGCGUCACCGCACAGGUCAGGCUCCGCCCCCCGUCUUUGAUAGGCUGCAGGAACCCGACAGCAGCGAUGAAUCUUUGACCGACAGCUUCUCCACCCAGGACGUCUCUCUCCUUCUCCCCGCCCCCCACAGACAGAAAGGUGUGGUCAGCUCAUCAGAGCCUCCCAUUGGCUGCCCUCCGCCCCCCACCUGCAGCCCAGGCACCAAUGAGACGUGCCUGUCGUCGACCAAGAGCCACACCUCCUUGAAGACGGACGCCGCCCACAUCAAGGAAGUGGCUGGAAAUGACUGCUGCGUCCACUGCCUGCUGGCCUGCCUGUUCUGUGAGCUGCUGUCCAUGUGCUCGGCGCUGGGGGAGUGUCUGGCCUGCGGCGUGGGCGGAGCCAGUUGCUGCGACUGCGCGGCGUGCUGCUGCUGCUGCGUGGAGGCGGCCGGGGAGGCGGCGUGCACGGAGGAGGCGUGCCAGGCGGUGUUGGACUGCGGGAUGUUGGAAAACUGCUGCGCGUCAUCUGACUGCCUGGAGGUCUGCUUGGAGUGCUGCGCCAUCGUCUUCCCUUCAUAGGACGGCCAAUCAGGGGAAGGCUGGAUGAUGAUGUCACAGCAAAGGACAGAAACUCUUGGAUUUGGUCUGAACGAUCCGCAUCCCGUUUUGAGCUCGGAUCAGCACAAAGGUUCUCCGACCUGAACAUAAAAGAAGAAGCAAGGAGCCGACUGUAGAGACAAAUAUUUAUGAAAAAUAUGAAAGAAUAAUUUAAUUAAACAAAAUCAUCCACUUUCUAACACCCUUGUCCUUAGUGGGGUCGGGAGGAGCUGCUGCCUGGACAGGUCACCAGUCUGUCGCAGGGCAUUGUUUUUUAUCAGCCCUUCUAAACAGUCACUCUGGGAUCAAAAGGUUAAAGACCAUAUCUCAUAAAUUAGGAUUACGUUAAUUUUGUAUUAUUUGCAUGUGAUCAUGCAAAUAAUGUCACUAUGUUAGCAUGUCGCUAUGUUAGCAUGUCACUAUGUUAGCAUGUCGUCAUGUCAGCAUGUCACUAUGUUAGCAUGUCAUCAUGUUAGCAUGUCACUAUGUUAGCAUGUCGUCAUGUUAGCAUGUCACUAUGUUAGCAUGUCAUCAUGUUAGCAUGUCGUCAUGUUAGCAUGUCACUAUGUUAGCAUGUCGCUAUGUUAUCAUGUCGCUAUGUUAGCAUGUCGUCAUGUUAGCAUGUCACUAUGUUAGCAUGUCAUCAUGUAAGCAUGUCACUAUGUUAGCAUGUCGUCAUGUUAGCAUGUCACUAUGUUAGCAUGUCGUCAUGUCAGCAUGUCACUAUGUUAGCAUGUCAUCAUGUUAGCAUAUCACUAUGUUAGCAUGUCGUCAUGUCAGCAUGUCACUAUGUUAGCAUGUCGUCAUGUUAGCAUGUCACUAUGUUAGCAUGUCAUCAUGUUAGCAUGUCACUAUGUUAGCAUGUCAUCAUGUUAGCAUGUCACUAUGUUAGCAUGUCAUCAUGUCAGCAUGUCACUAUGUUAGCAUGUCAUCAUGUUAGCAUGUCACUAUGUUUGCAUGUCAUCAUGUCAGCAUGUCACUAUGUUAGCAUGUCGUCAUAUUAGCAUGUCACUAUGUUAGCAUGUCGUCAUGUCAGCAUGUCACUAUGUUAGCAUGUCAUCAUGUUAGCAUGUCACUAUGUUAGCAUGUCAUCAUGUAAGCAUGUCACUAUGUUAGCAUGUCAUCAUGUAAGCAUGUCACUAUGUUAGCAUGUCAUUAUCCACAUAUAAACAUCAGAAUCAGAAACAUUUAGACCUCCAUCCAGAUGCUGGUUGAGAAGACAGAAAGCAAACAGAAAUAAUAAGAAGUAAAUUCUGUUAUGAUGAGAAUUUAUCUGAGGUUUUCUUCUGGUAGGAACAUCCGGACCAAUCAGAGCUCUGGUGGAUGAUGGAGCUGAUUAUCAGGUGCUUUAUAUGUGAGAAAGAAUUUGAGAUUUUAAUCUGAAUUCCUGAGGGAUUUAUGGUUGGCAAUACCUGAUACCAUCAGGUGUAUCAUCAGCAUAAUAAAACUGUAUUCCAUCCGUCUUAGUGGAAAAGACUUUAUAACAAAGGUUAAAAGGCAAAAAAAUAUAUUUUUGACAUUUUUUUGCUGAUGUUCAGAUGUUGCCGUUCUCCAGGAUUCUACUUGUGUCGCAGAUUUACCCAAAAAUACAAACUAAUCGCAAAACUCGUGUUUUAUUUGUACAAAACACUCACUGAUUACAUCAUCAUUGAAAUUCUAAGGCCAACGAUUGGCUGCUGUACAUUCAGUGUUCUUCAGACGCUUCGUGGCCGUAAACUGUCUGCAGCUGCUAUGAACUUUUCGGUGACGUGUUUACGUCCGAGAUUGACAGGUCAGCAGGGGCGGGGCGGGUGGGACAGGAUGUGCACCCGGAAUGAACAGGAAGUCUGUGUUUGUUGGAACAAAGGCCAGGACAUUCAAACAGGAAACAGGAAACCACUGAGAAGACAGCGGCUCCUGACCUCUGACAUCAGCGCAGAAUCAAAGACAAACCUCCUGUUUUUCCCUCUGUGUUUGUUAAAAAAAAUCCAUUUCAGUCCACUGAUUAAACUUGAAUCAGAUUAACUAAAACACAUUUAGUGUCUCACAUAACCUUAUUGCUGAAGGUCCUCAUGAAUUGGCUGCAGACAGAGAUAGAGGCCCCAAACUGCAGGUCAACCAGAACUCACCUCCAGAAACAAAACUGCUUUUCUCACCAGUUUCUGUCACUUUCAGUGAAUAAGAUUUAAAGCGCCCCCUGCUGGACAGCAGAACACAGAUGAACGUAACUUAGUUACCUAAGAAACGGGAACAAAAUAUUACUGUUAAUGUAUAUUUGUUUUUUAUUUUCAACUUUACAAUUAUAUGUUGAUGACAUACUAACCUAUGAGCUGAAGUAAACUCCCGCUGAAAUGUGUUUUGAUAAUUUGUUCAGCAGAGAUGUUAUUAAUUUGUGAUUUUUCUAAUAAAGUUCCAAAAAUACUCAA